AUGUUUGCCAACGGCCCCGAUCAGCAGUUCUACCAGGGCCCAGCACCACCACCGCCACCACCACAACAGCAGCAGUCUACGCAAUCUCAGCAGCAGCACCAGAGUGUGAUCGUGCGCCAGCCAGAUCUCCCUGAUGAACCAGACGAGGCUAGCUACGCGGCUUCGGCCUCCUACUACGGCCUCGCGUCUCCUGCGGUAGUGCCGAAUGCCUAUCCGACCUAUCCUAUUCCCUUUCUAUUUGGGGAUUGGAAUCAACUAGGAAUGUUCACGCAGCCUUCACCAGCGGACUCCAGCUGUUCUUCGACGCUUGCACCACCGCUUACAUCGCCGAUUGGGAAUCCUGCGAUAGGCAAUCGUCUAAACCCGCUCGCUCCGCCCGGAUUUGGAUACCCGCGAGGGCCGCUGCAGUACGACUUGAACCCGCAGUACAUGGGAGGAGCGAGGAAGACCGGUGGACGACGACCCAAGGAAUUCGAAAUGGGACCGGAGAUCGAAGAUCAAGAGGAACUAGACAAGAAGCUCAAGAGACGCCAAAGGAACAAGGAAGCCGCGGCGCGAUGUCGCCAACGACGUCUGGAUUUGAUGACGAAUCUUCAAGAGCAAGUGGAUAAGUUCAAAGCAGAGAAUGAGAAAAAAGAGUUGGAAAUUAGAGCGAUGAAAUCUCAGAUGGCGCAGAUGGAGAGCUUUUUGCGCUCGCACGAUUGCAAAAUGAGUGUUGAAGAGAGGGAAACGCUGUUAAACAUGCCGGCCAUUAGAACAACCAUGCCGCCUAUGAUGAACGGCAUCAAUACCAAUCCACAUCCUAUUUCCGACUACCGACCGAACAUCGAAGUGAACCGGAAACGAGUUUUGCCGGCUCCACAGCUGCCCGCCCAUUCCGAUGCCAACUUCCUUGAGCCCGACAUUAAGUGUCCCAAGAUAGAAAAAGACGUAUCCCUGGCAGACCUUAAUGGUGACACGAUAGCUCGUCCAAACCAUAUCAACUUCGAAGGCAUCGGUCUUGGCAAUAAUCAUGUGCCUCUAUCAACGCCGUCAAACAUCACCUACACCGGUAGCGUCCCGUACACGACACCAAACAACUAUACACCGGGAUUCCCAGGAUUGAAUAAUGAUUUCCUGAACGACAGUACUGGGCUGACGCCGUGCACGCAGCAGAAUCCAAUCUUCGUCAGCACACCCACACCACUCCAGACAUCGGAGGCGGAUUUACGGGCGUUGUGA